UUUUUCCAGCGGCUUGGCGAGCAAAGCGUCAUCUAUCGAAAUGGUUCCUAUUCUCGCUCUGCUUCUUCUAUCCCUCGCCAUCCAAUUAUAUUCAACCACGUCACGCCUCUCUAUUCUCCACGGGUCUCAGUCUCCUCUCUCCAUCUCCGUGACCCAGUUCGGAGCCACCGGCGACGGGAUCCACUACGACACCGCCGCGAUACAAAAGGCCAUCGACGAAUGCUCGGCAGCAGCGGCAUCCACACGCACCCGACCAUGCCACGUCAUCUUCCCGGCGGGGAAGUACUUGACCGCAACAAUCCACUUGAAAUCGGGCGUCGUUCUGGACGUGAGAAGAGAGGCGACUAUCCUGGGUGGGCCGAGAUUGGGGGACUACCCGGAGGAGCAGAGGCGGUGGUACGUUGUGCUGGCGGAGGGGGCGGAAGACGUCGGGAUCACCGGCGGAGGGGAGAUCAACGGGCAAGGGCUGGAAUUCGUGCGGAGGUUCGACGAGCGGAAGAACGUGAUGGUGAGCUGGAACGAGAGCGGGGCUUGUUUGGGGGACGAGUGCAGGCCUAGGCUCGUCGGAUUCAUCGGCUGUACAAAUAUCAAAGUCUGGAAUGUCCGCCUCAUCGAGCCGGCUUAUUGGUGUUUGCAUUUGGUGCGAAGUGAAGGCAUAUCCAUCCAAGAUGUUACUAUAUUUGGAAACUUCAAUUCCCCAAAUAAUGACGGGAUUGACGUAGAGGACUCGAAUAACACGAUGAUCACAAGAUGCCACAUUGAUACAGGGGAUGACGCCAUUUGUCCCAAAUCAUCUACCGGACCUGUUUAUAACCUCACUGCUACAGACUGCUGGAUCAGAACAAAGUCGUCUGCUAUAAAGCUCGGGAGUGCUAGUUCUUACACUUUUCGGAAUUUCACCUUUCAUAAUAUAACCAUUGUGGAAUCCCACAGAGGUCUUGCUCUGCAGAUACGAGAUGGAGGAAAUGUUAGUGACAUAACCUUCUCAAAUAUAAACAUAAGCACCAGAUACUACGACCCAUUAUGGUGGGGAAGAGCAGAGCCAAUAUAUGUGACAACAUGCCCGAGAGACGCCAGUUCCAAACCAGGCUUCAUCUCCAAUAUCCAGUUUCUUAACAUCACGUCAACUUCAGAGAACGGAGUGUUCUUAUCAGGCUCCGGGGGUGGACUGUUGAAAAAUUUGAAGUUCAAAGAUGUGAAUCUGACAUUCACGAGAUGGACAAACUACUCAGAUGGCCUGUUGGAUUACAGGCCGGGAUGCAAAGAGCGUGUUAGCCACAAAACGGCCGGGUUCAUGAUGGAGCACAUUGAUGGUUUGGAAAUUGAUAAUGUGUUCAUGAGAUGGCAUACUAAGGAUCCUGCUAUGAACUGGAAUAAUCCCUUGGAUUUCAGGCCUUCUACUGUGAAUAACAUUUCUUUGCUCAACUUCUUCUCAAAACCAUACCAAGAAUGAAAAUGAUCCAUGACACGACCAAUUGGAAAAGUUUAAAUCAUUACUCUGUCUUUUGGUCUUACUAAGCAACUUAACUUAUAGUUGCUUAUCGGCUCCAUUUAACCCUUUUCCUUUUUUUUUGUAUUAUUUAUCUGUUUUCAGUCUUUAGUGCGUUAUAUAUUAGUCUGUUUAUGUAUUCCACUCCAGAAAUCUGAAUAAAUUAUGACCAAAGCUUGAAAACAUUAUUUUAAUUAAUUGUGUGAAUUGUAAGGGAUUUGUAAGAACAAAAGGUGAUGAAUUUUUCUGCCCUCUUCUCCUGAUUUACAUACG